CGUUCCCGUCAUGCGCCGUGAGCGCGAGCGCUGCUGCUGCUGGAGUCGGUGUGGCACGAGCUCAGACGCUUCUGAGAUUAAUCUCCAGCUUCAUCAUGAAUUACCUGCGCAGGCGUCUGUCAGACAGCAGCUUUGUAGCUAAUCUGCCCAACAGCUACAUGAUGGACCCGCAGAGAUCGUCCAGUUCCACCAGUUCGCCAGCCUCACCCGCCACUGAGCGCCGGCAGCCGCCCGCCCAACAGAACCAACCAGCUCAACCGCCCCAGCAGGCCCCGCCCCCGACCGCGCCGUCUGGAGGAGGGUUCCUCAGCUCGUUCUCCAGCGUGGUGAAAACGGCUCAGCUCGCCAGCGCAGUUCAUGCUAAAGCGUCUGCACACGCUGAGGCCGCGGCGGCCGCUGCAUCAGUCGCUCCAGCUAAACCUGCCGUACGCAAACCCAAAGUCCUGCUGGUCAUCGACGACCCUCAUACAGACUGGUCGAAGUACUUCAGAGAAAGGAAGCUGAAUGGAGAAUAUGAGAUCCGUGUGGAGCAGGCGGAGUUUUCUGAGAUCAAUCUGGCGUCAUACGUGAACACUGGCUGUACGGUGGACAUGCAGGUGUACAAAGGAGGAACUAAAGUCAUUAGAUCGUUCAAGCCAGAUUUUGUCCUGAUUCGGCAGCACGCCUACAGCAUGGCUCCGGGAGAAGACUUCAGGAAUCUGGUGAUCGGUCUGCAUUAUGGCGGCGUUCCCAGCGUUAACUCACUCUUCUCCAUUUACAACUUCUGCAGCAAACCCUGGGUGUUCUCUCACAUGAUCAAACUCUAUCAAGCUCUCGGUCCUGAGAAAUUCCCUCUCAACGAGCAAACCUUCUUCCCAGACCACUCACAGAUGAUGCCCACAGCAACAUUCCCAGUGGUGGUGAAGAUGGGACACGCCCAUGCCGGCAUGGGAAAGAUCAAAGUGGAGAGCGCUAAUGAUUUUCAGGACAUCACCAGUGUGGUCGCGAUAGCUAAAACAUACGCCACCGCUGAGCCUUUCGUGGACUCCAAGUACGACAUCCGGAUCCAGAAAAUCUGCAACAACUACAAAGCAUACAUGAGAACGUCUAUCUCAGGUAACUGGAAGGCAAACACGGGUUCUGCAAUGCUGGAACAGAUCGCUAUGACAGACAGGUAUCGCAUGUGGGUCGACUCGUGCUCGGAGAUGUUUGGAGGUCUGGAUAUCUGCGCUGUUAAAGCCGUCCAUGGCAAAGAUGGCAAAGACUACAUUAUAGAGGUGUGUCCUGUAGAUCACACACACACACACACACACACACACACACACACACACACACACUCACACACACACUCACACAAUGUCACUGUUGCUCUCUAG